UUCAGCACAUUGAUUUUACACACCCCAGACAUUACAGCACAGGCAGUCUCUGUGCUAGGAGACCACACUCCUAAUCCCAGCUCUGGAGCUGGCAGCACAGUUCUCGGAGAACUUGGAGUACAAUCUAACUUUUUCUCUGAAAUAAAAAAAAAAAAAAGAGGAAAAACAAAGGAAACAGGCAUAGGAUCUCACCUUGUUCUUCAACUUAAUCCUUUCUCUUUUUGCAGACUUGGAAAAAGUUUUUUUUUUCUGCCUGAUCUAGAAUUUAAAGAAUCUAGGCAUUCUUACCCACUUCAUCUAUCCCUGACCACGUCUACUUCUUACUGUGCAAGGAUGCUCCGAGUAGUUUGUGGAUUUAUUUCAAUGUGACUGCACUGGGACUCACUUGAGAGAAGGAGACAGUGUGUCUGGAAGGAUUUGGAGAAGAGGCAAAAAAAAAGUCUUACUGUGGCUUUUAUUUUCUGACUUGUCUCCUGUGGUUGAAUUUUUGCUACGUGGAUCACUAGGCAGAGACUUAGAACAGGACUCGUCAGACAGCUUCUUCCUCUUGACAAGUGUUUGAGAUCCUGCAUAGAACUGUUGGAUCCAAGCCCAGUAAAGGAAGGAGGAGGCAGACAAAUCGUGUACAGAAUGGGAAUUUAAACCAGCUGAUCAGGGACAUGAAGAUUUUCUCAUCAGUAUGACAGAGAUCUGACUGAAGCUGGAUCUGUUUGAAGUUAAGGCCUACUAACCAAACAUGGCUACACUUACUGAAUUUGUUACCCAGCCUAUUGGCAUGAUGUCCCAGUCCCAGCAGACUUCUUCAGUGAGUGAACACCAGUGUUACUACAAUGAAACCAUAGCUUUUUUCUAUAACCGGAGUGGAAAACCUCUAGCCACAGAAUGGCACACUGUCAACAAGCUGGUGAUGGGACUUGGUAUCACUGUAUGUAUAUUCAUCAUGUUAGCCAACUUACUGGUUAUGGUGGCUAUUUACGUCAACCGACGAUUUCACUUUCCUAUUUAUUACCUAAUGGCGAACUUGGCUGCUGCAGACUUUUUUGCAGGACUAGCUUACUUUUACUUAAUGUUUAACACGGGUCCUAACACUAGAAGAUUAACUGUGAGCACGUGGCUGCUUCGUCAGGGUCUGAUCGACACUAGCUUGACAGCUUCUGUAGCCAAUUUGCUCGCGAUUGCCAUAGAAAGACACAUUACAGUAUUCAGAAUGCAGCUGCACACACGGAUGAGCAACAGAAGAGUGGUUGUUGUCAUAGUAGUCAUCUGGACAAUGGCUAUUGUGAUGGGAGCUAUACCAAGCGUUGGAUGGAAUUGUAUUUGUGACCUUGAACACUGUUCCAACAUGGCUCCUCUCUACAGUGAUUCCUACUUGGUUUUCUGGGCCAUUUUCAACUUGGUUACAUUUGUGGUGAUGGUAGUUCUCUAUGCACAUAUAUUUGUGUAUGUUCGACAAAGGACUAUGAGAAUGUCGAGGCACAGUUCUGGGCCUAGGAGAAACCGUGACACAAUGAUGAAUCUUUUGAAAACGGUUGUCAUUGUAUUAGGUGCUUUCAUUGUCUGUUGGACCCCUGGCCUGGUUCUGUUGCUACUUGACGUGUGCUGUCCACAGUGCAAUAUCUUGGACUAUGAGAAGUUCUUUUUAUUAUUGGCUGAAUUCAACUCCGCUAUGAACCCCAUCAUCUACUCCUACCGAGACAAGGAAAUGAGUGCUACAUUCAAACAGAUCCUGUGCUGCCAGCGAACAGAAAGCGCAAACGGUCCCCAGGAGGGGUCUGACCGCUCCGCCUCCUCACUUAACCACACCAUCUUAGCUGGUGUCCACAGCAAUGACCAUUCUGUUGUUUGAACUGAGAGGUGGCAGGUCAGAAAAUACAUAUGCCUAGGCCAAAUUGGAGUUCCUGCCUUACUUGUGCUGCAACGCCAGCAUCAUGCCAGGAAUUGGGCUGGCAACUAUAUUACUAUUCCUGAACACUAACCGGCAACUCCAGUGUUACUAAACCCUGUUUAACAUAUGAAUUUAUAAUUCUAGAAAUAAACAUUGGUUCACCUACCUAAAGCGUCCCUAUGAACUUGCCACUUCCAAAACUGCCGUUUCAUGUAGAAAACAUAGACCUUUUUAAAUUAUAUAUUCCAUUCAAUAAAACAUGCAUUUUAUAGCCCAUCAGCAUGCCUGUGAUGGACACUGUUUUCGAGUGGUUUGGUAACAUUUGUAUAGCUGCACUGCCUUACAGGAAAAGAAAGAUAUUUUUCUAAUAUAAACUGAAGCAUUGUGCUAGUUUUGUGUGUAGUCUUUCUCCGUUACAUGAAGUUUUAUUUUAUAAAUAUAUAUAUAAAUAUAUAUAAUUUUUUUUUUUUUUUUUAAAUGUUUGAGGCAUUUGUAUGAUUUCAAAGAAAUGCACAAAAGCCUGUAGACCAAUAAAGGGAUAACAAGUAGCAAAGGUUAAUUUUAUAAUGCGCACCCUUUGGCAGUAUAUGGGCUUUUGUUCAACAAGUCUUGAUAACAACUUGGUUUGUUUAAUCAUAAGGACCAUAUGGAUGCCAGGGUUUCCGGCAGUACUGACAUUGAAGUCUAACAAGAAAACAAAUAUGGGCAUAUUGCAUCAAUGUGAUAUUGAUCAAUGGGGCGUUAUAAUAUUUGCAUAAGUUGUUAAUAAAUGUGGCAGUUUUAUAGGUUGUUAAAGUUAAAAACACCCGUAAGCUACACAAUCACACAUUAGAACGUUUUUUAAAUGGGCACUAUUUACAGUGCUGUUGCUAUAUUGUUUUUUUAGUCAUCCUUCAACCAAUGCAUGGAAAUGUCACUAUAUUAAUAGAAAUAUAUAGCAAUGAAACUAUAAACAGCAUACUUGUUGGCAAAGACCAUGCUUAUUAGGAUUCUAAGCUCCAACUUCACAAGAGCAUUGGAUGUAGAAGAACAUCCAACUUCUGAUUUUAUACUCCCAGUCUUGCCUCCCUCACCAAUCAGUAUUAUCCUAGUCGAAGGUGUAGGGGGGAACAGUUGAAAUGGGUGGGAUAGUGCAGACUGAAUGUUCUGUUUCCGCAUGAUGGGAUGCCAUGCCCCUAUAAGUUAAAGUGCGCAGAGCUAUUUAAUACACCCUUUUAGACCCAGAGGUUGGGGGAGUGCUAAAAGAUGUUAAAAACCGGUGCCAAGCUCCUUUUUCUCUUUUUGAAGCCUGUUAAUGUGACUUAAGAAUUUCCAUACAUUCAAUAUAGCAUCCUGAACAUCUAAUGGAUCAUUGAAUUGAGUUUGUUGCUUUCACCAGAGCAUUUCAUACCCAGAGGAUUAAUUUCACAAUGUCCUGUGAAAAGUUUUUGUGACGCUAAGGAGUCUGUUUAUAAAUGUUUUUAAAGAUUCACACCUUUUUCUAAUUGAAGCCCAUAAAAAGUGUGUGAAUCUGGUGUGAAAACAUUCAAAUAGGCCACUAAUAGAUUGCAAAUCCAGUUUAAUCAUGCACAAAGAAGGAUUUGUAGUUGCUGAAGUUAAGUCUUUUAGACUAUAAAUAACUGGACUUUGAUCUUGAUAAAUCUCACACCUAUUUCAACUGUAUAUUUUGAUAAUGGCUAGUGUGAAAAUCCUUGCUAUGGCUGUUGAAUUUGCAAAGAUAUCAUACAUCGCCUCGCUACCAUUUUUAUACGUCAAAACAUUCCUGAAACCACAUUUAUAAAUAAAGAGACUAUUGUUAUGAAUUUUAACAUACUCCUUCAACCAACCUUCCCCUGGUCUUCUUAACCCAAUAUACACAUUUUAACUCUUAAAUGCAAGAAUAUCGUUAUAAAAAAAAUGGGUCUUUUGCCGAUAAGACAUUGAAAAGAAGACCAAUACCCUGGAAUAUCUAAGGCAAGCCAAAGACUGUUUGAUUUGGGCAGGUUGAACGUACCCAAGUUGAUAGAUUGAUCAAGUUCGGUAUAAUCAGCCUGUCUGAUUUUACAUGUGAUUAUUGCUAGUGGCUGUUAUAGCCACUAGCAAUAAUCACUAAGUUCUUAUGACCGACCAGGACAGCUCCCUCUGCCAGAAGAACACUAUGGCUCUGCGGGAGGGAUUCCCUCAUCAACAUUGCCUGUGUUCAUGGGGGAAAUCAAGUGAUUUUCUUUCUUGCAACAUAUGGUCUAUGGCCAGCCUAACAAACCCCUUAAAAUGAAACCCACCCAAUUUAAAUUCUUGGAUGCAGGAAAAGUUUGCAAAAAUAAACUGUUGGCAAAAUUUUACUUGCUACAAAACUGAAAUGCUGAAAAGAUUGUUCUCUGGAGGGAAAUUUAUGACACAACUUAUUCAGUAUUGAAAGCCUUUAACCUUCAUGCUUUAGUAUACUUUGAAACAAUGAUAUUUUAAAUGUAAAAACGUAUACUAAAUAAGCUUCUGCUAAGAACAAGGAAAACAUAAAAAAAUACAUAUAUAUCAAUCGAUUGCUUGUGAAACACAUUCCUCUCUGCAGCAGCAGAUGCAUACUGUACACCAAAAAAUGGAAUAUAAGCUAUGUUCGGUUGUUUUGUUUAUAACCACUUUGUGUCGGUGGAAAAUGACAGCCUAAUGUUUGAAUGGCCAGUAAAAUGCAUAGUUGGGGUUAAAGGAGACAUAUGGCGAAAAUAAAAAUUGCUUAUGUAUCA